AUGGGCGGCGGCGUAUCAUCUCUGCCGGCAGAGGUCUCGCUUGCCGAGGCGAAGGAACUGGCCGGCGCCAAGUGGCAGCCCGCGUGGGAUCAGAAGUUCGCGGAAGCCAAGAUUUCCAGGGACGAGGCAAUACAAUGCUGGAAGGACGCCGAGGCCAGGGCCGCGAUCUCCGAGGCGCUCUACGAAAAGCUCCACGGCACCAACCGCUCCGGCGUUGCGGAGACGCUGGACUUUUCGGCAAUCGUAAACGAGAAGCGCGGGCAGCACCUUCCCGGCACGCGCGAAUGGGUCUUCGAGGCGGUCAUGCGCUGGCGCACGGAGCCGGAAGCUGCGAAGCUCUUCUGGCUUGUGGGUGGCGGCGGCACGGGCAAGAGCGUCGCUGCGGCCGAGUUGCUGGCACGGCUGCUCGACAAAGAGAACGUCGCGGCGUGGCACUUUUGCAAGCACACCGAGCCGGCGCGGUCCGCUCCAGCGGUGCUCCUGCGGUCGCUGGCGGGCAUGCUUUGCGCGACGGUGGAGGGUUUCGAGGACGCGCUGAAAGAGAGCACGGGCGUCGAGACCGACAAGGUCGACGAGCUCUUCGAGGCUUUAGUAGCCAAGCCGCUGCGAGAGGUCGAGGCGCCCCGCGGCGCGGACGACGCCCUCGUAUUAAUCAUAGACGCGCUCGACGAGCUGCCGCGGGACGCGCUGCAACCAGUGUUAUCGCUGCUCGCGACCGAGCUCAAGACGCUGCCGCCGUGGAUUAAACUUGUCGUGACGAGCCGCGACGAAGCACAAAUCAAGGCUGCACUAAAGGGCUAUACGCCGUCGGAGCUGCGCGUCGACGAGGCGCGGAACCGGCAGGACGUGAGGGCGUACCUGACGGUACUCGCGAAGGAACACGUCGAGCUCGAGGUGACGAUGGAGUCGCUGCGGCACGAAGUCGAGGCGAAGUUCCCGGGCUUGAAGAAUCUCGACACGUUCGCAGACCUCGAGGACCCGCUGCGCCGGUCAAAGGGCGCGUACGACGAGGCGGUCCGCGGCGUCGCCGGGAUUCACGAGCUCGAGAAGUACAAGGAGCGACGUCUCGACUUGGUACAAGACGAGACCGACUUUGAGAAGCUCUACGCCGACGCAUCACUGGCGCAGACAGUUUUGGUCGAAGCGCUAAAGACGCUCCCUGGCAACGUGUCGGAUCCGGGCGUGAAAGGGCGUGGAUCCGCAGAAAGGAAGCUCGCGGACAAGUACACCGACAGGAAUGGGGUGCCACAUCCCGAGAAGUUUCGGGAUCUAGCCCGCGCGACGGUCCUGUUCGAGAGCGCCGCCGACCUACUGAAGGUGCUGACUGAAUUGGACGGUGGAGGCCUCGGGCUGGAGAUCGCGCAAUUAAAAAACAAGUUUGCCAGUCCGACGCCGCUCGGCUACCGUGACAUGAAUUUGAACGUCAGCGUGCGCCUCGACGACGGCCGAAAACAUCUCGCCGAGGUUCAGCUGAAUUUAAAGAGCGUCGCGGAUGCCAAGCACAUCGCCCACGAGCAGUACGAGGUGAUUCGAUUGGCCCUACCGAAGAUGUGUGAGGGCACGAGCGUUGGGGCGGGCGCGCUGGAGGCGUUUAUUGCCGAGCGUCUCAACUCGUCGGCGCUCGACGCGGCUGUCACUUCGCUCGAACGGAAGGCCGGUGGACUGAUGCUCUACGCGCGGCUCAUCGCAGACCAGCUCGAGGCCACGAGCGGCAAGAUCGACUUUGCGAGCGUCGGGGCGCUGCCGGCGGGCCUCGACGAGAUCUACGCGGAGAACUUUCGCCGCGUAUUCGUUGACGAUGCCUCGUGGGGCGAUGCGCUGCCGCUCGUCGAAUUAAUCUGCGCUGCUGCGGAGCCGUUGACAAUUGACGCUGCGAGUGGGGCGCUCGGCUGGGAUCGGGCGCGGUGCAAGAAGGUCUGUGACGGCGUGUCCCUGCUGUUCCCGCUGCGCGAGGGCGAGGUGAUUGGCGUGUUACAUAAGACCGUGACGGACUGGCUGACCGGCGAGGCGCCGUUCAACAAGCGCUCUGCGAAGGACGCGUUCUUCGUCGCGCGGGACGCGGCGCACCGGCGGCUGGCGCGGGCUUGUGCUCGAGCGAUUCGUGCUGAAGCCUUGGAUACGGAGUCGCACUCGAGCGACGCGGCCGCGGAUGAAGCGCUGGCUUCAUUUGUGGAGGGCGAGGGCGGCGUGGCGUCGGAUGCUUAUGCGCUACGAUGGUGUUUGUUCCACAUGAAGCGGUCUUGUUCUGAGGGCGAGGCCUUCGCGGUCGCCUGCAGCCUGUCGUACGUGCGGAAGCGGAGCGACUGCGACAUUGUUUCCUUCGUGGCGGACCUGAACGUUCUUCAGGGUCAGGACACGUUGCUGCUGUCCGACUCCUUGGUGUUGUCGCGGAACCUGCUGUCACGGGGAUUGCCUCUCGUAGAGCAGUUGUGGCAGCGGCUUGUGCCGCGCGCCGAUGCGGAGUCGUCUCUUGCCGCGCAACGCCUGGCCGAGGAUCUGAGACGCGUCGCAAGCAAGCUGCCUCUCUCGGCCGUACGACCGAUGGGCCUGACGGCGGCGGGUGGGGCGGAGCGGUGUCUGAUUGAGACUCAGGCUGAGUGCUUGGCGACGUUCGUGGAUCCGGCGACGGGCGAGCCGCGGGUUGCUUGCGCGUAUGAAUACGACAAGAAGGUGUUCGUCUAUGAUCCGGUCGCGGGUGGCGCGGCGCUGGUUGUGAUUGAUAUGCGUGCUUCCGCGCUGGCGGUCUUCAAAGACCCGGUGACGGGCGAGCCGCGUUUGGCUUGUGGUUCUUACAAGAGGUUGUUCAUAGUUGACCCGGUGGCGGGCGGCGAGGCGCUGCUUGUGAUCGACACGUCGGCUUGGAGUCUGGCGGUCUUCACGGACCCGGCGACGGGCGCGCCGCGGCUUGUGACUAGCUCUGGCAAGAUCUUUGACCCUAUUGCGGGCGGUGAGGCGCUGCUCGUGCUCGAAGUGGACUCUGCAAAGCUGGCAGUCUUCGCGGACACGGCGACGGGCGCGCCGCGGCUCGCGUGCGCGUCGGGAGAGAAGGUGCACGUCUUCGAUCCGGUCGCGGGCGGCGAGGCGCUGCUCGUGCUAGAUAUUGGAUCUGAAGUGGAGACACUGGCGGUCUUCAAGGAACCAGCGGCGAGUACGCCGAGGCUCGCGUGCGGCUCUAACGAUGGGAACGUGCGCGUCUUCGACGCGGUUUCUGGCGGCGACGCGCUGCUCGUGCUCGAAGUGGGCUCGGAAGUUAAGGCACUGGUCGCAUUCGAGGACCUGAAAACGGGAGCGCUGCGACUCGCGAGCGGAUCAAAAGAUAAGAAGGUGCGCGUCUUCGACCCGGUCGCGGGCGGCGAGGCGCUGGUCGUGCUCGAGGGACACACACGUGAUGUAGAGGCUUUGACAGCCUUCGUUGACCCGGCAACGGGCGAGCCGCGGCUCGUGAGUGGAUCGCGUGACGUUCGAGUCUGGAACCCGGCGGCGGGCGGCGCGGCGAUCGAGGCGGAGCCCGAAGGACACUCUGAUCCUGUGAUGGCCCUGGUGACCUUUGUGGAUCCGGCGACAGGUGCAUUGCGGGUCGCGACCGGGUCGUAUGAUAAGACGAUUCGCGUGUGGGACGCGGAGACUGGCGAUGUGUUGCUCGUGAUUGACGUCGGUGACUAUGUGACUGCGCUGGCGUUCUUCGCGGACCCGGCGACGGGCGCGCCGCGGCUUGCUUGUAGUUGUGAUGAAGAAGUGCGCAUCUACGACCCAGUCGCGGGCGGCGAGACGCUGCUCGUGAUCGACGUCGGCUCGGAGGUGUUGGCGCUGGCGUUCUUUGCGGACCCGGCGACGGGCGCGCCGCGGCUCGCUUGUUGUUGUUGGCGCGAUGAAAAGGUGCGCAUAUUAGACCCGGUCGCGGGCGGCGAGGCGCUGCUCGUGAUCGAUGCUGGCUCGAAGGUGUGUGCACUGGCGGUCUUCGCAGACCCGGCGACGGGUGUGCUGCGAAUUGCUUGUGGAUGUAGCAAUGGAAAGGUGCGCAUCUUCGAACUGGUCGCGGGCGGCGAGGCAUUGGUCGUGCUCGAGGGACAUGCGGCAUCGGUGGGGGCGUUGACUGUUUUCGAAGACCCGGCGACGGGCGGACUUCGCCUUGCGAGCGGAUCGGAUGACCGUUUCGUGCGCGUCUGGGACUUGGCCGCGGGCGGCGCAGCGCUGUUUGUGCUCGAUGUCGGCUCGGGGGGGGCGAACGCGCUGACGGCCUUCACGGACCCGGCGACGGGCGAGACGCGGCUCGCGAGCGGGAGCGGCAAGACUUUGCGGGUUUGGGACGCAACCAAGGGCGGUGCGGCGGUGCGGGUGAUUCCUUUUGAUGAUGAGGUUAAGACCUUGGCUGUCAGGAGCGACACGAGUGGGCUCUUCGUGGCUUUCGGGAAGCGGUGGGGGGAGUUGCGCAUCGAGAGCGCCACGACGCCACUGACAGCCGCUUGCUACAAGGGUGAAGUCGACACAAUAAACGCUCUUCUUCAGCAGGGCGCUAAUGUCGAUCAGGAGGACGGCGACGGUUAUACGCCUCUGUUCGUUGUGAGUUUGAAAGGGCACGCCAACGCCGCGCUUUUGCUGCUUGAUGCGGGCGCCGCGGUUGAUAAGCGGCGUGCGGGUGAUUGGUCGCCGUUUGGGAUUGCGUGCGCUCUUGGGCACCUCAACCUGGCGACGCUAUUGGUGGAGCGAGGUGCAGCUGUCGAUUUGUGCUUGGACGGUACUGCGCCGCUUUUGUUCGCUUAUCGCAACCAGAACCUCGAUGUGAUGCGGUUAUGUCUCGAGCGCGGCGCCGAUGUGAAUUUGGCCGACAAAGAGGGUACUACGGUUCUGUACGACGCAUGCUACAACGGCCACGCCGGCACGGCGCGGCUGCUGCUGGAGAAAGGCGCGGAGGUCAACCGGGCGACGGAGCACGGUCAGACGCCUCUGCACAUCGCCUGCCGGAAGGGCCACGUCGAGGCGGCGCGGCUGCUGCUGGACAGAGACGCGGAGGUCGACCGGGCGGAUAAUCGGGGCAGGACGCCGCUGUUCAUCGCCUGCGAGAACGGCCACGUUGACGCGGCGCGGAUGUUGUUAGAUAAAGGCGCUGAGGUCGAUCGGGCGGAUAAGCGAGGCAGAAGGCCGCUGGACAUUGCGAAGCGUGAGGACCAUGACGCGGUUGUCGCGCUGCUCGAAGAUCAUCUUUACCCGCGGCACGCCACCGCCAAGGCAGGCGAGGUCGACGCGAUGACGCGGAUCCUUGACGGCGGCGCCGAGGUCGACCAAGCUAAAGGUGACGGCAAGACCUUCCUAUUCGUCGCGUGCGAACACGGCCACGUCGACCUGGUGCGGCUAUUGUUAGAUAAAGGCGCGGAGGUCGACCGGGCGGACGAGGACGGCCGGACGCCGCUAUUCAUCGCCUGCCAGAACGGCCACGUCGACGUGGUGCGGCUGCUGCUGGACAAAGGUGCGGAGGUCGACCGGGCGGAGAAGAAGGGCGCGACGCCGCUGCACAUUGCCUGCUACAAGGGCCACGUCGACGCGGCGCGGCUGUUAUUAGAUAAAGGAGCCGAGGUCGACUGGGCGGAGAAGCACGGUGCGACACCGCUGUACAUCGCCUGCCGGAAGGGCCGCGUCGACGCGGCACGGCUGUUGCUGGACAACGGCGCGGAGGUCGACCGGGCGAAGGAGGACGGCGAGACGCCGCUGGAGGUCGCGCAGAGGAAAGGCCACGCGGCAGUUGUCGCCCUCCUCGAGGAGCACAUCGAUGCGAAGUUCCCACUUCACGCUGCGGCGAGGACCGGCGACGUCAAGACGAUGACGCAACUCAUCGACGGCGGCGCCGAGGUAGACGCAAAGAAGGACGGCGCGACGCCGCUGCACAUCGCCUGCGAGAAGGGCCACGUCGACGUGGCGCGGCUCUUGUUGGAGCGCGGCGCCGCGCUCAAGGUCGACAGCAGCGCCCUUUGCGAGGGCGAUGCGGUCGAGGUUAGGUAUCGAGGCCGCGAGAAAUACUACCCUGGGAAAAUCAGCCGGGAUUGCGGCGAGGGAAAGUACGACAUCGCUUACGACGACGGAGAGUGGGAGAAGAACGUCGAGGCGCGGCUCAUCCGCAAGCUACCACUCUCGCCGCUGGCCAUCGCCAAGGAAAAUGGCCACGCGGCCGUCGUCGCGCUGCUCGCGGAGCAUCUUUACCCUCUGCAUGCCACCGCCAAGGCCGGCGACGUCGACGCGAUGACGCGGAUCCUCGACGGCGGCGCCGAGGUCGACCAAGCUAAAGGUGACGGCAAGACCUUCCUAUUCGUCGCGUGCGAACACGGCCACGUCGACCUGGUGCGGCUAUUGUUAGAUAAAGGCGCAGAGGUCGACCGGGCGACGGAGAACGGCGCGACGCCGCUAUUCAUCGCCUGCGAGCACGGUCACGUCGACGCGGCGCGGCUCUUGUUGGAGCGCGGGGCCGUGGUCGACAGCAGCGCCCUCUGCGAAGGCGAUGCGGUCGAGGCCAGGUAUCAAGGCCGGAAAUACUACCCUGGGAAAAUCAGCAGAGACUGCGGCGAGGGCAAGUACGACAUCGCUUACGACGACGGAGACGGGGAGACCGGCGUCGACGCUCGUCUCAUCCGGAAGCUACCACUCUCGCCGCUGGCCAUCGCCAAGGAGAAUGGCCACGCGGCCGUGUUCGCGCUGCUCGCGGAGCAUCAGAAGUGA